UGUUGUGUACCGACUGUCGCAACAGAAAGAGAAAUAUACACAAAAGGUUUAAAACUCACCGAGCCAUUGCAACACACCAUUGACAAUGCGAGAAGUAUGGAGAUCAGAUAAUACACAUAUGGACUUAUGUGUGUGAGAUGCGUCAUUCGUUCUCUAACAUCCUAAAUGUCUAAUAUGACCGCAAUGACAAAUGAUCACUCCGUGAUGAUUUGAGGAAAUAAGUAAUGGGGAAAAACUGAACGAUGAUUUGGUCAUUUAAAAGACAGGAGGUAAUAUAAAUGAAACGUACAAAUCGCUGUGUGCAAGGGCACAACGAGAAAAGAGGACAGCUAUAGCCGCGGAUCGAAUUUGUCGACGAUGGCUCAUUUGCUCAAGAAUCUCACUAAUAGCAUCUGGCACGCGUUUCACGCGUUGCAAACCGACACCACCAACACGGUCGCAAAGUCGAAAUUAAAGGUGUUGACGGCCAAUAUCGGAACACUGAUGGAUUUGUAUGGCGUAGAAAAGGGACUGGAACACUACAGGAGUACGCAGAGCCUGACCUUUGAUCACUACAUCUAUUACUUGCAGAAAGAAGUGUUCUCUUCUUUGACUGAUAGCACAUCCAUACAGAUGUUGAGAACGUUGGAGGAAGGAAUCGACGAGAUUUGCUGGCUGGUCUGCAAGAAGAUCUAUCUGGAGAGAUCGAAUCCGGUUUUUGAAGAUCACAGUGUUUAUCAAUUGUUCAGAAUUUACUGUUUACUGGCUGAAACGGACGUGGACGCGACAGAUUUUUAUUUGGUAACAAUGCACAGCGACGAAGUGGCGCAGAUCGCCUCUCAUCUGGUGAUGUCUUUGGGCUUGCAGUGGGACGCAGCAGACUUCUCAGCUUUAUCGGUGGCUAUCGGAAUGUUCAGAUUUUCCACAUUCCUGGCCGUUCUGGAAUCCAAGUACAGCGGCGGCAAUACUUUGGACACUAUGGCGUUGACAGAAGCGAUUGACGACCUUUAUCAGAUCUACAUGGAGAACGUGGUGAAAAAGGGUUAUUUGAUGAAGAAAGGUUUUCUCCUGCCGACGUUGCGGUACUUCUGGUUCGUGUUGCGUCCCGGCGAGUUGACGUAUUAUAAGGAUCCCCAGCAGAAGGAGCCAUCCGGAGUGAUACCGCUGAACUCGAAUUGCUGGGCUGACACUCUGACGACCAGCGGGAAACCCGACAGGAAAUUCGUGCUGAGCACACCCGAGCACAGAUGCAUAGAACUGGUAGCGGAGGAUCACAAGGGCAGGCUGCAAUGGCUCGCAGCGUUGCAAACGGCCAUUCAGCAUUCGGGUGAAAAGAUCAGUUAUCAGAGGAACUUGGCCAAUCAGAGGAGAUCUCUGCGACAAGCCAUCAAGCAAGAGAAAGAGGAAACCAAGCUGGAACUUCAGCACGAAAGACAAGCUAGAAUCGCUGCUGAAAUACAGGCCCAAAAAUUGGAGGUUCUGUCGAAGGAAGAGAGUGCCAAGAUUCAACAGCUGGAGGACGUGAAACAGAAGCUGGAGCUGUUGUUGCAAGAGGAGAAACAGGCUUUACGCGAUGAGGAAAUAGUGCGAAAUCUACAAGCUAGAGUAUUGCGCGAGGAAUGGGAAAAGAGAGAGCAAUUGGAGAAAUUGCAACAGGAGCAACAACAACUGCUGGAAAUGGAAAAAACGAGAAGACUGGAAUUCGAACAAAUGCAGCAGAAAAAUGAACGGCAGUUACAAGACGCUGAAGUGCGACUUCAGCAGUUGGAGGCCGAGAGGGAACAUCUGGGUGCGGAGCUGCGCGCAGCGCGUGAAAAGGUGAAACGCGCCGAGGAGGCUCAACUUCUACUUGAGACGCAAGUCGUGACGCCUACUUUGAGAGGAGGCGAGAGAAUUAGACGCACACAAAGUCUCAUACCCACAACGGAGCGUCCGUUGUCCAUUGAGAAAAUUAAUAACAGGCCUAUAGUGUUACAGAAAAAUGACUGAUGUACAUGCGCAAACAAAGAAGUUUUUUUUUUAUCGCUUAAGUUGUAAGUGUCUUCCAUCGUGUAAUUAAUACAAAGUAUAUUCUUAUAGAAACUACACGCGCGUGUUUAUACACGACGCCGCCGAUUUCAUCGACUUGCCUCGUCCGCAAUCUUAGCCAAAAAUUAUUUUUAGUCAGACAACGCGCAUACAAAUACGUAUAACGAAUUUAUUCUUCAUGCGAACAUAUAAUAAAAUAUACAUACAUACAUAUAUAUAUAUAAUACAUAUAUAUGUAUAUAUAUAUAU